AUGCUCGGCUUGAAAGAUCUCUUUCCCAGCCAGGGGCCGAAGCAGAACCCGCACGCUGCUCCCUACUUUGAAGCGCCACCACAGAAGAUCAUCGCUGUCGAGCACCCAUACAUCAUCAAAGAUGUAGACAAGGCUGUCAAAACGUUUGGAACGAACCCCAACCUCCAACGACUUUUCGAGGAUGAUACCGGUAGGGUAUCUCUGCCCCUUUGGCUACGGCCUCAAGUCCCGACUACGAAACCAAUCAUGUCACACAAUGCUGCUUCCAACAAUGUGGUGCUGAAGAUCACAGUACCCAAGCGCACAGGGCGUAAGCGCAAGCGCGGUAGCGAUGAGCCCUUCUCUGGUGAUUUCGCGUGGUCCGACGCUGCUUCUUCCGAGCCUGUCUGCUCAUUUGCCCGGCUUGAUGACCCAACUUCGACAUUACGCAAGCUUCAGGAUAACAUUGGAAAGUACCAAGCUGAAGCAGUGGGAUAUGUCAAGGAUACUCACAGAUAUCGUGGUUUGGCCGACUUUCAGUUCUCUGGCAAGGAUUAUCCGUACCUAACAAAGGUGGCGGAUCACCUACUUCCAAUGAAGGUUUCCAAGUUGAAGGAGCUCCGAAUCGACCCAUCUCUACAUACAGGUAAAGGACAGGAAAUCAUCCCUCCACCCUACUUCACUGACCGGACCAUUCCUUUCAACUACCUGUAUGAACAGAAUCCUUAUGUUCGAGAGCAAGGCAAGGACGAGCAUGGGAAUCCCAUCGUCAUCAAUGUCCAAAGUCGCCUCGCGCUCACAUUUGGUCACUACAUCAACCAUGACCAAUAUCCAAUUCCAGUGGGCCCUACCAAGAAUGUCAUGAAUUCCCGUCAAGUUCCGCCGGACUUACUAGAGCGUAUGCGUGCGGCCAUGAACGAGCGGCCGAUUUGGACGCGGCGUGCGCUUAUCACGCGCGUCGCUCCAUAUUACAGCGACAAUAGCCUGAAGAUUGCAGUUCAGCUGGUCGGAUACCAAUUCAAAGGUGGACCAUGGCGUGACGCUGUGAUCAAGUAUGGCGUUGAUCCACGGACGUCGCCCGAGUAUCGAAUAUACCAGACACUUGCGUUCAAGCUUGAGCAGCUACCUAUCAACAGCAUCGUCAAGAAUGGCGUUGUGCGAAGUAUGGGCAAGGAGGAGACGCGGCGGAGCUACUUCUGGGACGGUCAAAGCUACUGUACCAACGGCAAGUUUUGGCAGAUUUGUGACAUCACAGACCCAGAGCUGGUAAAGAUGAUCGAAGCUGCGCCACUUAGGACGGAAUGCGAUAUCAACUCGGAAGGCUGGUGGUACACAGGCACGUGGUCCAAGGUGAAGGCCUUCAUGAAGGCCAAGAUGAUCGCUAUCAAGGCCGGGCGACUUGGAUCUGAGGAUGACGAACCAAAGAAGAAGGACUGUCUAUAUGACUCCAUCAUGCUCGAGAAGCUGAGUCAAUACCCGGACAUCAACCCGCCCAACAGUCGCACCCCUGUAAACGUUAACGUCUUGGCCCUUCUGUAUGGCAUGGAAGACGUUGCCGGGCUCGAAGGGAUUCGGUAUCGAUACCGCCGGCGCCAAGACUUUAAGGACCAACUGGCAGCAAUGGGCUUCCGUCGACGAAGUCGCAAGAAUGCGGUGGGAGAGCAACGUCCCGAGGACCAUGGACUGGGCGUAGGUCCAGGCUCGGAAUCCGAUGAUGGAAGUGAAGGGGGCGAAGAGAGAAAGGAUAAAACACAAUUCCCGGACGAUGCGUGGGCACAUAUCCUUGACAGUGAUCUCAGCGGUGGCGAAGGCGGUGAUGCCGAUGAAAGCAUUAUGCCGGAGGACGAUGAAGGCCAGGAAGAUGAUGACAUGGAAGCCGGUGAGGGCGAGGAUGAAGACCCGGAGGCCCGAGCCCGGCAAUGA